CUAACCCAGUUAGGCAGAACAGACCUUAGGAUUACGUCUCUCUGUGAUCGAGCGUGCACGUGCAACGUAUUCGCCGACAGUCCCGAUUAGUUCAGCGGUGAAUCGCCCUUUGUAAAUAAUGAAUCCCAGCCGAAAUAUGAUUCUGUAUCUUUAUCGGAACUUGAUUCGAGAAAGCAAAAAAUGGAGCUCGUAUAAUUACAGGAUGUACGCUCUGCGAAAGAUACGGCACGAAUUCAAAGAGAAUAAAACAUUGCAGGAUGAGGAAGAGGUUAGGCAAUGUUAUGCAAAGGGACAGGAGACACUGGAAACGAUCAAGAGACAAGUGAUAUUGAGUAAUCUUUACAGCACUAGGCCCUUGAUAAUCGAGACUCAAGAAGCUUUGUACAAGGAGGAUUUUUCUUAAGUUCGCACGCAGUGCCUCCAAAUUUCGGUUUCCAAAUCAAGUGUGAUUGCCGAGGCAACAGUGUAAUUAUUAUUCAAGUAUUAAUUUGACCAGUAAACACCAAUCAACGGUAACAUAACAUCAGUGUUAUAAUUUCCCGCUCAACGACAUAACUGUUGACAUAACACACACGUUAUAUUGCAUUUAUAUUAUUAUGUUAUUGUCAGUUGGUGUUCACUGGGUGACAAAUUAUAAGUCAGGCAUUUAAUAUUGUGCAUUAAAUUAAAAAAGAAGCGACAAAACUAAUCUUUAGAUUGCUUCUUUUUUUUUUUAUAGAUACAUAAAACGACUUCUAUCCAGACACAGCUGAAUCUGCAAAAGCAGAUUUUGCGCAGUGUCUGCUGCAGACUCUGUCAACAGUUUGCUAGCAGAAAUGCAGCAGGAUCUGAUGGAAGAUUAUGAUGAUAGACCGAUGGCAGAAACUGAGUAGGAUCUGAGUUGUCAAUGUAUUUAAAUGGAAAUAUUACAGAUCCUGCUCGCUUCCUUGUCGCUAAUUUGCUGUCUAUCAGCAGGCUCUGUCGACAGAUCUUGUUCGAAUCUGUCGCCAAUCUGUCGUCAGACUGCUAACAGAUCGCUUACUGGGUAUAUAUAAUAGCCCCUUGUGUAAAUAUAUUAGAUUUAAUUAUAUGUGAUAUGCACGAAGACGUUUUAUAUUUUAGAUCUGUACAUAUUUUAAUAUCCGUUAUUCUUGAACAGUUGUUAAGACGUUCAUCGUAUUUUAUCGAUGCAAAAUAUUGCAGCACAUUACAAUGCUGUUUUAGUCAUGUCUGAAAAAUAAAGA